AUGUUGCUUUUUGCCAUAUUGCUGCUGGCAAGCUCAGUUCUUGCUGCGGAUGUCAGCGACUGGAAAACGGGUGAUGUAACUGGUGAAGUCGUUGAGGGAAGGAAGGAUUUCCCGUGUUAUUCGCUUUCAAGAGAUAACUACACCUGCAGCGCAUGCAUUCAACUGCACGAUUCGUGUGCUUGGUGUGGGGCUCCGCUGUUUGAUGCCAAGAAGCAGUAUGCAAGAUGCGACAAUCGCGCUAGAUUACUUGAGCACGGAUGCCCUGAAUCUUACAUUGAAGAUCCUCAGACUGUUCUGGAAGUAGAAAAGGAUGAACCACUGUCUGACAAGGGACAGGUUGAGAAUGAAGAUGAUGCCGUUCAACUCAAACCGCAGGAGAUGUUUGUGGAAAUAAGACCAAGUUAG